GGGAAGGUGAGAGGGUGAGGAGUGAAGCGAUCCCGGAGCUUCAUCCAAUCCUGUGUGGGCCUGCCGGGCAUUUAGGCUGGAUUGCCGGCACCCCCUCUGCCAGUGCUAGGGGUGCACGGGCCAGGACCCAGCCAGGCGGCCAUGACUGAUGAGAAGACCUUCCGCAUCGGCUUCAUCGUGCUGGGGUUUUUCCUACUGGCCCUCGGCACGUUCCUCAUGAGCCACGAUCGGCCCCAGGUCUAUGGCACCUUCUAUGCCAUGGGCGGUGUCAUGGUGAUUGGGGGUGUCAUCUGGAGCAUGUGCCAAUGCUACCCCAAGAUCACCUUUGUCCCCGCUGACUCCGACUUCCAAGGCAUCCUGCCCCCAAAGGCCCUGGGCCUGCUGGAAAGUGGGCUGCACGCUGAGAUGAAGAGCACCCAGCCCCCGUACGUCAGGCUGUGGGAGGAGGCCGCCUAUGACCAGAGCCUGCCCGACUUCAGCCACGUGGAGAUGAGGGUCAUGGGCUGUGCUGAGGACCCCCGCCCCCUGCUGGCCCCGGGGCAGGGACAGCCUAGGCUGGAAGGCAGUGACGGAGGAGAAGGUGGCCCUCGGGGCGCUCAGGCCUGGAUGGAGGCCACCGUGGUGGUCCACAGGGGCUCGGACGAGAACGAAGGAGAAAGAAGCCCAGCUCGGAGCAGGCUGGGCUCCCCAGGCUGUUCCCAGGGCCCCGCACCCUUGGCCUCCCUCCAGGAUGACCUAGACCUGGGCUCCAGUGACGGCAGCAGCCCUAACCCAUCCCCACCUGAUGGGGAGGAGCCUCGCCCCCCACCCCAGGAACCCUGGGCCUGCAGGUGCCCGCUGGACCACUUCCACGACUUUGCCCUGAUCGAUGCCCCCACGGAGGACGCACUCCCAGAGGGGCAGCAGCGGGACCCCAAGGCCAAGGCUUCAGACCCAGACGUAGUGGAGCCCGAGGAGGAAGAGGAAGACUUGUACUACGGGCUGCCGGACAGCCCUGGGGACCCCCUCCCAGACCAGGAACUGGGCUUUGAGCUGGAUGCCCAGGGCUGAGGUGGGCCCACUCCCUGGGUUAUAGCUGGGCACUGCUGCUAACCCCGUGACCUCGCAGGGCCUCAGUGUCUAUCUGCAAAAUGGCAUCAUGUGGAGAUCAGAGAACACGACGGACCCCAGAGAUUUUCGACCGUAAAGAAGUACAGAGGGGGGGGCCGUUGCUCUUGAGGGACCGUGGCUCUCCCAGUAGGUACUUUUCUUUGGUGAAACUGUGAAGGUAAAAUAGGAUUUGUUACGGUGAUCUGGGACCCGUAAAAGCCUUCUCCGCCUUGCCCCAAAGCUGUCUCUGACAGAGACCCUCCUUGGUGCUACUCUCCCAGGCCCCCGCUCCUUGGAGGCCCAGGAUCCCCACUCCUGUCGAGUCUUUGAGUCCUCCCGGGAGACGCUGUGACCCAUCUACACUCGGGGCUAUCUGAGUCUCCUCCCGCCCACAUCCCCUGGGGCUCCCAUUGCUCCUUCACCAGGACCCGGAACCUUCCAUGGUGUCCCGUGUUGACCUCUGGGCUUUAUCUCUGGGCAGCCUCUCCCCAUCCUCUCUGUCCUUCCCACCCCAAGCCCUCCGGCCCCUAGCCCAAGCUGUUUUCUGGCAGGGUGCCCUUGGCCCCGUGUCUAGCCGGCAAACGUUGUGUUCGACCCCUCUGACGGCUUUUCCUGGCAUCAGCGCCUCUGGAACGAGGAUGUCCUCUGGCCUCUGUGCUCCCCUGGGCCUUGCACGUCCACCCCUGUGGCACGGCCGCCUGCCCUGCUCAGGGCAGCAUCGUGGCUUCACUCUGGGCCUGGCCCAGGGCCGGUGGUUAUCAAAUGGGGCCCAGGAAGCUCUGCAGAUAAUGCCCCAUCCCCCACAUUCCCAGCACUGAGAUGCACAGCCCACUCAAAAUUCUUAUUUUUUUCCCUUUGUUUGUGGUAGGGUAUGUGUGCUCCCCAGGGACAGAGAA